UGAAAACAAUAAACUAUAGAGCCUUUUCCAAUUCCUUUAAACUCUUUUCUCUUAUUUCUCUUAUAAACUGAUUAAUAACUAAGUUUUUCAAUGAAUAAUUUAACGAACAAAAAGAACCCUUCAUCAUGCUGACAAGUAAUAAGCAACGAUUCUUGGAGACAUUCAUCCCUUCCGUUUACGAAGGCUUAAGCAUUCAAGACUACAAAAAAAUUAAUCGCUCUUUUAUCUAUGCGUAUUUAGGAAAACAGCGUUAGAAUUCUGCAGUUCCUUCGAACAUGGCUUCAAAGGAUUGCUACCUCGUGGAGGGAACUCUUAGGAUACUGCUUUAAGUCUUUGUUUUUCCCAUUAUGGAAAAAUCUCUUAGACCAUUCUUGUCUUCGUUUCAAAUUAGUUUUGAUUCUCAACAGAAUAUGCUAUCAAAAGUCAAAUUUGGGUCCAUCGAAUGGAAACGACAGUAGGCACCUUUUUUCUACUAGUAGUAUAUUUCUAUUUUCUCUAACUGUUUUUAUUUUAUCUUUUUCUCACUUCAUUUCCAAUCAUUUCUGUCUUUGUUUUUUUGUUUACAAGGUAAAUACUCAAUGACGCGGUUUGUAACUCCCCGGAAAGGCACACACUCUAUUUAUUAGGGUUUAAAGUCAUAACUAUCCAUCUACCAACCACACCACCCUUCAGUCAACAAGCAGUAUUCCUACCAUAUAAUGAGUCAAGAACAAACUUUUCUUGCUAUUAAGCCUGAUGCUGUCCAACGUGGACUUAUUGGUCCUAUCAUUACCAGGUUUGAACGUCGAGGCUACAAGCUUCGCGCUAUAAAGUUAAUCGUUCCUGAUCGCAGUCUCCUUGAGAAACAUUAUGAUGAACACAAAGGAAAGCCGUUCUUUGAAAAGCUUGUCGGAUUUAUGGGUUCCGGUCCUGUUUGCGCCAUGGUCUGGGAAGGAAAGGAUGUAGUGAAGACGGGCCGUGCUAUGCUUGGAGCUACAAAUCCUUUGAAUUCCGCCCCUGGUACUAUUCGCGGUGAUUAUGGUAUUGAUCUUGGAAGAAACGUUUGUCACGGUUCAGACUCGGUUGAUAGUGCCAAGUACGAAAUCAACUUGUGGUUCCAACCUACCGAGAUUCAGCAAUAUGAUCGUGCUAUCGAAGGUUGGAUUUACGAAUAGAUAGAAUGAUUCUGACUUUCUCUUUUACCAUGUCGUUCAUUUUAUUUCUUACGAUUCAUUUACGAAGCCACGCAGCGUAUAUUAUGAAUACACCAGAUAUUGAUGACUUGAAUCCUCAAUAAGAUCAUUAAAAUUCUUAUGCAAAUAUGUAGUUUAAGCCCCGCUCUUUGUAGAUUGGCCUGUUUUUUUUAAACUUCAGGGACGAUCAAU